UUUGCAGAAACUCCAAAUCCACAAUGCGGAAAAGCAGUGCAACUGUAUUCUUUGCUGCAUUAUCUAUUUCAUUGCUCCUUUACAUAAGUGUUUCCAAUACGCCGACUCCGCGAUUUAACUUUUCGGAUUCUGCAGUUAGCAAAGUUUGGAGUAAUUAUACUGCUUGGCAUGACUGCUUGAUGCAAAAUAUUUCAAAGCUUCAUGACGAUCCUAACGCGCUUUGGGGAAACCUGUGGCGUGGACUCAAAAAAUGUGAAACUAUCGACGAGAUGAAAGGAUUAUUCAUUGGUGAUUAUCCGAAUUCUGACGAGACAAAACGACAUAUUGUUCCAAAAAUGGAAUUGCCAAGUGUCAUAAUCACACUGGGAAUUGGACAUGAUACAGGAGCAGAGGAGAAACUAAAGAAAGGACUGAAACACGGAUCCGAAUUUUUUGGAGCAGACCCUAUGCAUGAAAUUAAUGAAGACCUGUUCACCAAACUCGGCGGAAAAUAUUUUCCAUUUGCAGUUGGAGCUACCCCUGGUCUUGCAGAAGCUAGUGUUUUAAUCAAUUCCACCUACACUACUAAAACGGUAGUCAACGUGGACAUUAUAUACUUCUUGAAGAAAUUGGUGAAUAGAACUUUUAUCGAUGACAUUUGGAUUGACGGAGAAGGUGCGGAAUACGGAUUGUUUGAUCAUUUCUACAAUGGUGGAGCUUUUGAUCAAAAUGGAAUAACUUUCUGUCAAUUUAACAUCGAGAUUCACCUGCCAGAUAACCUACAGAAGAAACUUUUCCACGAUUUCAUUUUUCAAUUGUUGAAAGACAAGCGAUAUGCCAUUUAUAGGCCAGUACAAGGAAGUCAUAUGCGCCUAUUUAUGCUCAACUACGCCAACGAGGAGUGUGUUUAUAAGUACAUUCUCUAGAAUUUUUGAUGUUUGUUAUGGGUUCCACGAUCUCAUCGUGCAUUAUUGUUUUUUUUUCUUUUCUUGUAUUUUACUUUCUCUGGGUCUCUUUUCUUCGCUCUUUUUCUUGCUCUCGUAUCAUUUUUAUCAAUGAACAAAAUCGAUAAUGUUCGUAUUUAACUGAUAAAACGGCACAUUUACAGAUCAUUGUCAGAAAUGAACAAAUUCUCGCUAUUUUUUGCUCUCACAGGUUUGAUAUUUUGAAGAUUUAAAAA